CCGGUGAACCGGAUGCUCUGUCGGCUUCCUCCUCCGCGUCCUCGGCGGCCUCCGCUUCCCUGGUGCAGCCGCAGGCACCCCCGAGGGCACGGGCAGGGGCUCCCGGCCGUUAGCCUGGCAGGAGUAGGACGCCGGUAGGAGCUGGGCGCGCACGGUUACCGAGCGUGGAGGAGACACUGCCCUGCGGCGAUGGGUGCCAGGGGCUCUCCUUCACGCCGGAGGCAGGCGGGGCGGCGGCUGCGAUACCUGCCCACCGGGAGUUUUCCCUUUCUCCUCCUCCUGCUACUUCUCUGCAUCCAGCUCGGGGGAGGACAGAAGAAGAAAGAGAAUCUUUUAGCUGAAAAAGUAGAACAACUGAUGGAAUGGAGUUCCAGGCGCUCAAUCUUCCGAAUGAAUGGUGAUAAAUUCCGAAAAUUUAUAAAGGCACCACCUCGAAACUAUUCUAUGAUCGUUAUGUUCACUGCUCUUCAGCCUCAGCGGCAAUGUUCUGUGUGCAGGCAAGCUAAUGAAGAAUAUCAAAUACUGGCUAACUCCUGGCGCUACUCAUCUGCCUUUUGCAACAAACUCUUCUUCAGUAUGGUGGACUAUGAUGAGGGGACAGAUGUUUUUCAACAGCUCAACAUGAAUUCUGCUCCUACGUUCAUGCAUUUUCCUCCAAAAGGCAGACCCAAAAGAGCUGAUACUUUUGACCUUCAAAGAAUUGGAUUUGCAGCUGAACAACUCGCAAAGUGGAUUGCUGACAGAACGGAUGUUCAUAUUCGAGUCUUCAGACCACCCAACUAUUCUGGCACCAUUGCUUUGGCCCUGUUAGUGUCACUUGUUGGCGGUUUGCUCUAUUUAAGAAGGAACAACUUGGAAUUCAUCUAUAACAAGACUGGUUGGGCCAUGGUAUCUCUGUGUAUAGUCUUUGCUAUGACUUCUGGCCAGAUGUGGAAUCAUAUCCGUGGGCCUCCAUAUGCUCAUAAGAACCCACACAAUGGACAAGUGAGCUACAUUCACGGAAGCAGCCAAGCUCAGUUCGUGGCAGAGUCACACAUUAUUCUGGUACUAAAUGCUGCUAUUACCAUGGGAAUGGUUCUUCUAAAUGAAGCAGCAACAUCCAAGGGAGAUGUUGGAAAAAGACGGAUAAUUUGCCUAGUGGGAUUAGGCCUGGUGGUCUUCUUCUUCAGUUUUCUACUUUCAAUAUUUCGUUCCAAAUACCACGGCUAUCCUUAUAGUGAUCUGGACUUUGAGUGAGAAGAUGUGAUUUGGACCAUGGCACUUUAAAACUAUAACCUCAGCUUUUUAAUUAAAUGAAGCCAAGUGGGAUUUGCAUAAAGUGAAUGUUUACCAUGAAGAUAAAGUGUUCCUGAGAUAUAGUUUGAAUUCUUGAGUUCAUUUCCAUGUUGUGAUAAUUCUAGCUUAUUCUUGUAUAAUUUUUGAAAUGUGUUUUCCUAGUGAAUUUAAUUUAUAGAAGUGGAUGGUUAAAUUUCAUAUUAGCACUGGAAAGAACAAAGGAAAUACUGAAGUGUUUUCAAGCAUAUUAUAUUCAGUAUAUGCUAUAGGACUGAAAUAAAUGACAAUGUAAUUAUGAA